AUGGAGUCGCAGCUGAAGCAGCUGCUUGUUCAGGGUGGGCUGGAGCACACGGUGCAGGGCUUCGUCGACGGCGGCGUCACCUCGGUCCAGCAGCUAAAGCAGCUCACCAUGCAGGACUACCACUCCGUCGGCGUCAUCGUCAUGACGGACCGGCGGAAGCUCUUCGAGCUCAUCCAAUUUCUGAAGCGUGAUCGGGCGAACGGCAGCGGCGGCGGCAUGACACCUGCAGCACCGGUCGCGUCGACGGGCGUCAAGUCGCCGCCCCCGGCGACGGAGCCGGCGUCGCGUGUGCAGGCCCCCGCGUUGCCCACCCGCAUCCCUACGCCGUUGCGCCGUGCGACCCCGACGGAGGCGAUGCAGCGACGCGAGCGGGAAAGGGUGGCCGAGCAGCCGCGGCCGAUGUCGGCGCAGCGCCGUGACCCCAACACAGACGACGGCGAAAACGCCGCUCGCCCCGCCGCUGCGCCGGCAAAGCCGGUUUCACGCCCGGUGAGCCGCGUUGGAGCGUCGUCCCCCUCACCGUUCGGCCGUCGCGCAACCGGUGAAGGCGGUAACGCUCAGCGGCGUCGUGCCAGUCGGAUCACUGUCGUCAUUCGAAAGCGCCCCCUGAAUGCUAGCGAGCACGCCGACGGUCUCUACGACAUUCUCGCCACGGACCCCGACAACAACCACAUCAUUACGCUGCUGGAGCCACGCCAGAAGGUAGAUCUCACCCGCUACAUCGAGAAGCACCGCUUCACGUACGACAAGGUUAUGGACGACCGAAAGACCAACCGGGACGUGUAUGAGGAAGCCUGCAAGCCGUUGAUCGAGACCGUGUUUGAGGGCGGGUGUGCAACGUGCUUUGCUUACGGCCAGACGGGUAGCGGUAAGACAUACACCAUGCUAGGUAAGGACAAGCAGGAGGGCUUGUACCUGAUGGCGGCCAAGGACCUCUGGUCGCGACUGAGCCGCGGCAUGGGCAUCAACGUCUCUUUCUUCGAGAUCUAUGGCGGCAAGCUGUACGACUUGCUGAACGAGCGCGAGCGUUUGGCGUGUAGGGAGGAUAGCCGCGGUGUCAUCAACGUCUGCGGCCUGACGGAGCACCGCGUCGACAGCACCGACCACCUCAUGGAGAUCAUCGACUACGGCAACACCAUCCGUGCGGCGGGAUCAACUGGCAUGAACGCCGACUCCUCGCGCUCGCACGCCAUUCUGCACAUCACCAUCGUGAAUGAAAAGAACCGCUUCUUCGGCCGCUUUACUUUCAUCGAUCUUGCCGGCUCUGAGCGCGGUGCUGACACGCUGGAUAGCGACCGCACCACGCGGCUGGAGGGGGCGGAAAUCAAUAAGUCUCUGUUUGCCCUCAAGGAGUGCAUCCGCGCGUUAGACCAGAAUCACCGCCACAUUCCGUUUCGCGGGUCUAAGCUGACGGCGGUGCUUCGUGACUGCUUCAUGGGCAACAGCCGCACGGUGAUGAUCGGCAACAUCAGCCCCGCCAGUGGCAGCUGCGAGCACACACUCAACACGCUUCGCUACGCCGACCGUGUCAAGGAGCUCAAGAAAGACAGGUCCAGCCACAGCGCGGCGGAGGAGAUUAUGAUGGGGCAGAUGCCUACGGAGCACAUCGAAACCGUCGGCAUCUCCGGCUCCUUUGCGCAACGUCGUGCGAAGGAGCGUGUGAUCACGAGCUCGCGUUCCUCCAGUCAGACACGCACGCGCGAGCCCGGAACACCAAACCAGAAGAUGAUCAACAGCUUUCAUCGACACGGCGACGAUAGCUCCGAGAACACGCUUCGGUCCAACCGCAGCUUUGGCUCGCGCCCCGUCACCAGCGGUUCCCCGCAGAAGAAGUCUUACCACCGCCCGACCCCGACCCACAGCCGUGGUCCGAGUGGCAUGUCUUCGGCGAUGCCCACGCCUAUGGGUGAUGACUCACGGUACGACAGCGGCGACAGCCUCGACGCUGAGGAGGACAACCUGAUUCUGGCACACCGCCAUCACAUCGACUGCAUGAUGGAGCUCCUGAAAGAUGAGAUGACGCAGCUGAACGCUGCCGAGAAUCCGGAGAACUCGAUGAGUGGGUACUGCAGGCGUGUCGACGCCAUUCUCUCCUCACAGGUGCGCCGCAUCGAGGAACUGCGCCGACAGCUCGAUCAGUACACCCGCCAUGCUGGUGCCGCUGGCCGCCGCUGA